CCGCCCUCGCUCCCCCGCCAUGGCCAGCGUGCAGCAGGGCGAGAAGCAGCUCUUCGAGAAGUUCUGGAGAGGCACCUUCAAGGCCGUGGCCACGCCGAGACCCGAAAGCGUCAUCGUGGCCAGCAUCACCGCCCGCAAGCCGCUGCCCAGAAGCGAGACAACAAACUGCCUGUCGUACCCAACAGAGGACAGACGCUCAGAAAAGCCAAGUGGAAACCUUGCUCAGGAGGCCUCCAAAACCAAUGGCUGUGUGAAAGGAAAGGACCGCAGAGAGAAUACUCACCACAGAUCACGCAGCUCCUUGGGUCAUGAGGAGUGCAUGCCACCACCUCCCUCCAGGGGGAAGAAGAAGAAAAAGAAAUCUACACGUAAGAAGAGGAGGAGGUCUCCAUCGUACAGCCCCUCACCUGUGAAGAAAAAGAAGAAGAAAAGCUCAAAGAAGCGAAAACGAAACAGGUUAUCUUCAAAGAAGAGGAGACACAGCUCCUCAAGCCCAAAAAGUAAAAGAAAGGAAGAAAGAAAACACAAAAAACACUGUCGUAGCCGGCCGCGAAAAUCCCAUCGACACCGCCAUCGCCACUGCCACUCCCGGUCAGAGAGCUCAGGUUCCCGCUCCUCUAGCUGCCAAAGCAGGCACAGAGACAGAUCUCGGGAGGAAAGGCAUAAAGCUAGACGAAGACGCUCCCGGCACCAUUCAAAGAACACUGAAAAACGAAGCAUUUCUGCUGAGGUUCAGGCCAGCUAUUCCUCCAGCCAAACCCUUCAGAUAUACAGCUUCCUCUCAGCUAAGGAAGUAAUCUCUCAGUCAGGGUCUUCUGCUGACCUCUUUACCAAAACAGACAGCCCGCUUGACAACCUAGCCAGUCAGAAUGGAGGGUCCCAUGAAUAUGACUCAGGAAACGAUACUUCUUCUCCUCCCUCCACUCAAACAAGCUCAUCCAGGUCAAAGGACAUCCAGGAGAAAAGAAAUGUAGCGCAUGAUGGCUUUGGCCACUCCUUCUCCUCUGGGAAGCCUAAACUGGCCAACAGUGAUAACAGCUCUGAUUCAGGAAAUUCCUUCACCAGUUGCUUUUCCCAGGUCAAGGGAACAGCUUUGGAAAAUCUCUCUCCAGAUGCCCAGGGACAGGAUCAAAGAGGAUGCCUGUCCCCCUGUCUCGGCUGCUCAGAAGAAAAGAAGCAGAGGCCCCUCCCUUCCCCAGCCCACAGCUCCCCUCUGAGACUGUGCUCUCGCAGUGGGUCCUACACCAGCAUGGGAAGGUCCUCCCAAAGGUCCAGCCGCUCCACCCGGUCCCACUCGCUGCAUCACAAGGCCACACCCAGGUACUCCCGAAGCAGAUCCUGCUCCUCAGGGAAAAGGUCCUAUUCACGUUCCCCAAGCUACUCAUCCAAGUCCUGCAGAAGAAGUCCCGGAAGCAGGAACUCAAGGCCACGUCGAAGCCCCAGUUACUCCCGCUACAGCCCUAGCAGGGAUCGCGAGAGAGAGCACAAGUAUGGCUCCAGUGAGAAGGAGUCCCACAGAGAGCGUGACCGACGGCGGCAGCGGCGACGGUCCUACUCACCCCUGAGGAAACGCAGGAGAGACUCUCCCAGCCACCUUGAAGCUCGGCGGAUCACAAGCGCCCGGAAACGCCCCAUCCCAUACUACAGGCCCAGUCCUUCCUCCUCCAGCAGUGUCAGCAGCUAUUCCUCAUGGUACAGCAGCUUUAGCCGCUCUCCCAGUCGGAGUCGGAGUUACUCCAGCUACAGGAGCAGCCGGAGCCGAAGCCGGAGCCGGAGCUGGAGCAGCAGCAGUGACAGCGGCAGGAGCCGAAGCCGGAGUUCAUGCCCAAGAAGCAGCCGCAGCAGAAGCAAGAGCUAUGGCUCAAUAGGCAGCUAUGACAGCAUGCGGCGCUAGGGAGGCCCUCACUGCCACAUGCUCCAGUGUCAUCUCUUUAAAUCCCUGGUGUUAUCCACUCCCCUUCUGCCUCCCAACCAUAGGUUAUUAUUAUUGUGUAAUAUUAUGGCAGUGCUUAGGCCUCCUUGGUGCUAGGUGCUGCAGAAACAGAGAGGCAGAAGGUGUCCUUGCUGCCAUGUAGUGUACAUGGAUAUAUCACCACUCCCCAGAGAUGGGGAUACAGGACAGGUCAGCAUUUUAGGGAGGAUCCAUCAACAAUAAACCAGCCCCAUCCAUUUUGGGCCUGUCUCCAUGCAAGCAUUUCCCUGCUGCUGAUGCAUAGGGCAAGUUCAGCUCCUUGCUUUUUUCCUGGUGGGCAGAGGGCAAGCAAAAUUCUCUUUGUGUCAGGGAAAAAGAAGAGUGAAGAUUGAAGAGAGCCUCACAAAGGCGUGUUAUGUGCUGGGCCUGAUCCCACCCCCAGUGAAGUCAAUAGCCUAGCUCCCCUUGACUUUAGAGUGCCAACAUGGGCCCUCGAAGUAUAGCAGCCCUCUAUACAGGGGAAAGCCAGAGGCCUCCAGAGAGAAUCACAUCUUCUCAUUUCGUUGCUUUUCCUCUUUGCCUCUUCAGAUCUAGGACAGAAGUUCCACAAACUUGUUUAAUCUAAACCAGUUAAUUCUGAUACUACAUCCAACCAGGUUUAUCGUAAACCUGUUUUGGCCAUUUUGAAAGCAGUUUACACGCACUGAACUUCCGUUCUGUUACAGGUUUAAACCAGUUUCUAAUCACUUAAACUGGUUUAUGUGCAACUUCUGUCCUUAGUCUUAGGGAGAAAAUAGUUAUUCACUAAGGGUCAGCCAGUUCCUGCUAUAAAUAUAACCUAUAAAUAUAAAGCAAGAAACCCAUUCUGACAUGAAUUGCUUGAGAGAAGAGGCCAAUUCCCCUUCUCCAGCCAUGCACUGAUUGCUGUGUCAUCAGUUUAUUCCUCCCCAGAAGCCUGACUCAGUUUUGGUGGUGCUGGGGAGAUUUUUCAUGCAAGUGGGAACAAUCAAGGAUCCGGGUCUGGGAACCUAGGCACACCAUCAGGAUGGAGGAGAGAGCCAAUUCUCAUUGCUACAUUUAAGAGUCAUUCCUCAGCACUUUGCCUAUGAGCUGUCAAUUCCAGUCUUACAUUUCCACCUUUAGGAAGAAUCCUGUUGUUUUAAGUAGAUUAAAAGGAAGUUUGGAUCCCACAAUACAGAAAGGAUGUGGACAAAUUGGAGAGUGGAGGGUGACAAAAAUGAUGGGGGGCUAGAGGAUGUGACUUAUGAGGAAAAACCGAGGGAACUGGGCUAUUUAGUCUAGAGAAGAGGAGACUGAGAGGGGACUUAAUAGCAGCCUUCAACUACCUGAAAGGAGGUUCGAAAGAGGAUGGAGCUAGACUAUUUUCAGUGGUGGCAGGUGACAGAACAAGGAGCAAUGAUCUCAAGUUGCAGCAAGGGAAGUUUAGGUUAGAUAUUAGAAAUAAUUUUCUCCCUAGGAGGAUAGUAAAACACGGGAACAGGUUACCCAGAGAGGUGGUGAAAGCUCCAUCCUUGGAGGUUUUCAAAACCUGGCUAGACAGAGCUUUGACUGGGAUGAUCCAGUUGGGGAUGGUUGUGCUUUGAGCAGGGGGUUUGACUAGAUGUGACCUCCUGAGGUCCUUUCCAACCCUAAUGUUCUGUGAUUCUGUUUUAGAAAAGCCAGGUGGGAUUGGAUGAUUUCAGGGCAGUCUGAUCUACAGUCACAGCCCAUGUGAGUAACAGUCCCCUUCCCCAGAGAUGUUUGAUAUUGAAAGUAGCAAGGGACAGCAGGAUGAGAAACACUCUGGCUGGCCUGUAUCCAAGUCCAGACCCUGUGUGAUGGGCCUACAUGGUGCUUUGACUUAGCCAGCUGAGGGUGAUGCCCCUCUGUAGAGCAGAGUCAAAAAAAGGUAGAACAAAUGAGAACAAAAACAACUCAUCUGCACUUCCAGGAGGCAGCUAAGAAUCAGGGAUGCCUGUCCUUGGAUUCCUGCCUCUUAGCACCAGCUUCCUGCCAUGGAGACACUUGUUAGUCCUCUGCGCCUUAGAUGCUGGGAGCCAUACAGCGCCAGGCUCAGAGGCUCAAUUCAGGUGGUGCGGGCUUCCCGCCCUCCCUUCCUACUCGCACAUUUCCCUUCUGUUUUAGGCAGUGCUGCUGGUUCCUCCCCCAGAAUGGCAGCCUCCCUUUGCGGGAAGGAUGGGCACCUCUCUGUCUCUCCCUCGCUGUGCAAGGCAAUGGGAUAUUUUCCAUUCAGUGCAUUAGACUCAGCUCUAAGGAAUGAGGUUUUGGGUCCAGGCACAGGGUGACCACAUGAUGCCUUGGCUUGCUGGUUCACAGUGCAUCAAAACACCACCUCAUUUAACCUUUUCCUGCCCUCUGGAUGGUUAUGAGAAGCACCUCAGCUCCAUCCAACUCCCUUCCCCCUGAUCCAUCUCCUAGUACCUGCUCCCCUUGACAUAGUUGUUGCAUGGAGCAGUGGAGCUCUUCACCAGAUCAAUACUGGUCAUGGAGUAUGGGGAAGCAUCAGAAAGAGGGUGUUUCUGUCUGUCACUCAUUUCCCGAGGAGCCACAAGCAGUUCUGUGGGAGGGCAGGGGUCGUCCUUCUGGUCUUUGUGUGCCAGGCCUGCCUUUGUUUUCCCUUUGCAGUGGGUGCCAGCACAGCCGGCUAUGCAAUUACUGUGUUUUGCAGGCUGACAAAGGCCUCUCCCAGCUGCAGACUGAGAUGGCAGCAAGGAGUUUAUUUUUUUCUUGCAACAGCUGGGUGCUUAGAGCCCCUCAUUUGGGAGUAAGACAUGUACCCCUCCCACACACCCUGCAUAGUUGUUAUCCGCUUCAGUCUUAAUGACUGAAGGAUACAGGGUCUUAAGUGUUCCGAGGGGGCAAGUGGAAAUUAUAUUUGCCACCGCGGAGGAGGAGGCAGCAGUGGUGGCUUUGGCAUGUAAAGAGAUACAAAUCCUUUGGUUAAAGAGCCACCUGCAACCCUGAACUCCAGGGACAUGGAGGGAAUGGCAGAGCUGUGACCUGGGGGGAGAGAUGAAUGGAAUGUGUGUGCAUGUGUGCAGUGAAAUAUAUAUACCACAGCUCAAUGCCCUUCAGGUCUAUUGGCAGCUGUUAUUUUCAGUGGUUCAAUAGGAGACAUGCAACCAUCUUGCUAAAAGCUCUUUCACAGAAGAGAUGCCAUCUGUUCCAGAACGGCUGAGGGUUCCCUCUUCAGCUCGCCUGUCUUGUAGCUAAGGUGGUUUUAUUAGCAUUUCAGUUUCCCCAGACGCAAGGUGCCUGUCAAGUGGUAGCUCAACUCCAUGUGUUUCCCUGCUCACAGGUGCUCUUCUCUUCCCACAGAGGGAUGUGAUUGCUCCUGUUAGCUAGAGCAAAGGGUCCAGGCAGUUCCCACUUUCCACUCCCUGUAGAAAUAGAAAACUGGGAUGCUGAACAGUGCUGGGCCUCCAGACUUCCACAAGUGGCUCAAUAUCAUCUCCCCCCAACAAUGUGUGCUGCUAUGGCAUGUAGGGAAGAGCUUUCGUCUGGGGAAAGGGGGGUGGGAGGAAUCAUUUAACUCCUUUGCUUUUAGCUAGAUAUAAGAAAUAGCUCCUUUUCCUUCAGUAUCUUACAGCAAAAUCUACAUCCUAAGCGACCGAAGACCCAUCCUCACCCACGCGGCCUCUCCCAGGCUGAUGCUCAAACACACUGUACUUUUGUUUUCCCAGCAAGAUGGUGUUGCAGUUAUUGGACUGAGGUCUCAAUCACCUCCUUGCUGAGAGAGCAGACCCUGACCACUUUGAGUGCCCAACCACGUUGGUAGUGAUACAGUGUAAGGCCAGGUAGUUAAAAGAGGGUACUGAAAAGGGGCUUGUAAAACUAGUGUAAAUAGCAAACCAUUACGUUGACUUGACUUACUUACUGAUGGGGACCUACGAACAAAGCACCACAUGCUGGCCUCGGUCCAUGUCACAAGAGUAGCGCACUUGGAUCAAGAGCAAAAGAGGUAGCUCCUUGGAUGACACUGAGCCUUCAGCAUCCUUCAUGAGAGGACUGCUGAUCCAUGCUACAAGGACUGCCUCUUCUCAUAUGGUUCCAUGGCAGCUAAAGCUCUCUAGGUUUCCCAAUCAGACUGCUAUUGGAGUAAACCUCUUAAAUUAUUUAUUAAUUAUUAUUAUUAUUGUUAUUAUUCUAUUUUUAAUUGUAUGUCAGAAUGGAUGCGAUUGGUCACCAUUACAGUAUUUAUUUAUUAUAUUUUUGGAACAAUAAGUUAUUUUUGGAUUUGUUUGUUCGUUUUAAUGUAUCCAUGUCACUGUUCAAGCUUCAAGGUUUACGAGUUUGGCCUCAGAACUCUAUGAACCCUCCGUGCCCAGGGAAGGCACUGAAGAAUUAGACUUUGGCUCACAUUAAAAGUUUGUGGUGAGGGAGUGCUGAACAAGCGCAGUUCAUUGUGCCAGAAGGAUUGGAGUGAAAGGUUAACUGUUAUUAAAUGAACACACAGUCUUUUUCCUUGGAAAAUUUAGGGCUUCUCACAGAAUCUUUGUCUGUUCUUGUCUCUACUGGAGUCCAAUGGAUCUGAGCAGCGAUUGCUGAAAAACUAUUACUUGAUCACACCAAGGCACAGCACUGUAGAGGCCUGUUGCUUCUUGUCUUGUUAAAUGAAAGAGCAAAGGGAAAAUUUGCAAUCCCAACGAGGGGAAUAACAGAGCAACCCUUUGCUGGUGUCAUCGCUGAAUGGGCGCCAGCUGGCUGAAAUGCAUGUUUCCCUUGGCUCAUCAUGUCAGAGCACAAAAUGUAACCUGGCUUCUCUGAAAAAGAAACUCUGGUUCCCUUUGUGGCUGGUGCCUACAGGACUGUUGUAUGUUGUCUGUUACCGAGUGACGACCUACCUAUGGAAAGUAAAGGAAAUAACAAUAUGGAAAAACCAACAGCACUGAAGGUGGUUCAAAAUCAGAUCUCCAGUGACAAGACCUAACCAAGGGUUUUAUUCUGUUUGGGUUUUUUUCUAGUGGCACUAUCUUUUUUUUUUUUAACUUAUUGAAACUUCCAGUGCAAUCCAGCCCUCCUUAUCGGUUGAUAUUUGCAAAUUCUGCCAGUUUGCAAAAUCCCUGCAAGCUUUUCUGUCUGUGUGCCUUUUGCCAGCUGCUUUUUAAAGUGUUGUUUUGCUUGUCUGUUGCCUUUUGAAGAAAUUUUGCCCCACAUCUGGCAUCUCAGACAGCUGCCAAUUCUCUGCGAGGGCAUCUUUCAUUUAGUGAUAAUGCAUCUUGAUUGUUUAAGAGUACAUGAAUCACUGCUAAUUUGAGCCUAGCCAGUUGAUCCCCAGGGAGGGGGAUUCCCAAGGAUAUCUGGAAUGUAUCAGAUGGCUCCGAGGGUUUCACAAAACAUCUGAACCAUUUCUUGGAAAUGUUCUCUCCGAAGGAUUCUUUUCCUCUGCACGCGUGCCCUUCCCCUCUCUCUGUCUGGUUCCCAUCUCUUCAUAAACUUCUAAAAGUUUCUUCUUUCUAGAAUCCAGGAAAUACCCAAGAUUCCCAGUUUUAGAAUACGCUGUGUUUAGUAGCAGCUCAGUUAUGUUGUUCUGGGUUCUACUGUUCAAAACUGCCAGACAGGGCAAAUCUGCUCUUUUAAUCUCAACUAGCCCCCCUUGACAUUGGAACCCUCACUUCUGUUCAAUUCUCCAGGCCCUGUUUAUGCUUUGUGCUUGUAAUAUAUCCCUGAGCGAUGGUAAUUUUCCACUCCUGAUUCAAAUAAUGCAGGCUAGGCUGCAGAAUCCCAGCAAACCCUGGCGCUGCAGCUUCUGUUGCUGAAGAGCAAGGAGUCGGGGGCAGCUCUAAGGUUUGUCAUGCACUUGCUAUCCUCAGGGGGCUAUAGCACUUCAAGUCUUUUCCUUUAUGCUGGUUUUAAUUGUUUAAAUUUGUUUGUUUGCUAAGUUAUACCAAACUGUUGUUUGCAAACAGCCGACCAAUGUUAUUUUGCUAUGCAUUGUGUACAUAUGCCGAAGAGGCUAAUAGGACUUAGCUCGUUAUUUAAUAUUUAUUGCUUCUAUUUAUUGAGCAUUAUUUAAAAAGGAUAUUCAGGUCCUGCCAUUGCGGUCCUCGCAGACAGGCACCUCUCACAUAAUUUAGAGUGUUGCCUUUUACAUCAAGGGAGACAUUAUCGAAAGGUAAUCAACUACGCUAUAGGGCAGACUGUAGUCUGUCAAAACAGAGGCUUCAGUCAUAUAAACCACGGUAGGAUUGAGCUAUAUAACAUCAGGAAUUUAUGAGGAAGUGUCAUUUACAUGGAAUUGAAUAGUGGAGGUGAAAAUCCUUUGCCACUUUGCAUCCACAAGUUACAGUUUCUUGAAGAGGCCUUUGAAGUAUUUGGAAGCAAUGGUUUAGCCUUUUAUUUAGGGUGCAGGCAGAAGUGCAGCUCCCAGCUGUAACUCAAAAUGAUUUCUGCAAAGCGUUUUGAGUUACAACUAGACCAAACAGAAGUUCACUGUUGGUUGGUUCCAGGGGAGAAGGGAAUCUAGCUCAGGGCUGGAAGCCUGUAGCCAUGUUCUAGCAAUGGCCACAGCUCCCUGCCAGUGCUCCCUGUUUUCAGAAUGGGAGCAGGGAAAGGCAGCAGAAGGAGCUCAUUCUUGGGGCUCCCCAGCUGGUGCUGAAGGGUGGGUGAAUUGGAGCCCUCCAACCUCAGAGGGGCUGCAAUACAUCCACCCCACCCUCCAGGGAGGGCAUGAAACCCCCCCAGACUAAACUCGCUCUACUCCCUUCCCCACAUCCCAUUCCGAAAACAUGGACAGGCUGGGCAGACACAAAUUACAAAAGAGGCUACAUUUUGUAACAUCUUUAUCUGAUACCUCAUGCAAUCACUGACUAUCAUGCAUCUUAAAUCACUGACUAUCAUGCAUCUUCCACCUGAGUGCUUAUAGGCCCAUAUCCCCUUGGGCCACCGGAGCACCCCAGAGUCAGUACCUUAGGUACCUCUGUAAGGAAGGGCAGUAGUCUAAGCCUAUGGAGUAAGUCUCUGGCAGAUCCAGGAAUUAAACUAUGGUCUCUAAUAUCCAUUAAAUCAUCCUUCCUUUUAUCCUUAUCCAGCUUUACCAUUUUAAACACAAGUUUCACAUUGAAGCUAAACAGGGCAGUUGUCAGGAAAUCCUAGGUGAGGCCUUGUCUGCACUGGGUUUUGGCCACUGGGUGACAUGCACCAGGGUAGAUGCCUUACAUCAUCAGUGAAGCGUGGAUAAAAACUGUGACUUGUCUCAAUGCAGCUCACCCUGGAAUAAAACCAUGUGACACCUUAAUAAUGUGGCAGAGUUCCUCAGGGGCUGUAAAUCAGUGUAGCUCCAUUGAAGUCAAUGAUAACUCUCCCAUUAACUUCUGUGGAAAGUGCUAGGAACUUAGGGUCAAGAUUUUCUAAUAUGGGUGCCUAAAUUUCAGCCUCUUUGUUCAUAUUUAGAUAUCUAAAUAAACAGGUUGAUUUUCAAGGUGCUGAGCCACAGUGACUUGCUAGGAGUUAUUGGGUGUUUGGCCUUAUUUAGAUGUCUAACAGAAUAAGUAUGUAGAUGCCUAAUUUAGGGCAUUCAAAUUCGGAGGUUUAGCCCAAGGUCUAAAUGUUCAGUGGUUUCUAUGACCUCCUUGCCUGAGAGCAAACAGCUCAUAUGACUUUUGCUGCUGUAUUAAAAUUAUGUGCAUGACAAAAAGAGAAGGUCAUUUCCAAACAUAUUGGAACUUCAACAUAUUAAAAUGAACUUAAAAUACAAUGGAUGGUUUCCUUCCACAGUGACAGGUGCAUUUCCUUAGCUGGCCUCCAUUACCAGGGAAUAGAUCCCAUUGUCAGAUUUCUAGGAAGCCACAUCCAGUAGGACCUGUUUGAAGGUCUGUGGCUGACAACCUGGACAUUCCCAAACUCAGGGCCCCAAUGGCAGGUACAAAUUUCAAACAUCAUUAUCCAAGAAGACUUAGAACAAAGCUAACAAGAGAGGAGCCAUUAAGGGAAUAAUGUGUAUCCAUGACUCUCGUCUGUUGGUCAACCCCUACGAAAUUUUACUGAGGUGUCUGUUCAUUUUAUUUAAUUGUAAAACUACCUUUGAUCUCCACUGGAAAGCAUACUGUAUUCUUUAGUCUUCCUGAGGUAUUUAAUUUAUUAACCUGUUUAAAACAAAAGGGUUCAAAUAAAGGUUCAGACAGUUUUUA